AUGUUCUUCGCAAAGUCUUCUCUCGCUGUCGCACUCUUUACCCUGAGCAACAUUGUUGCUGCUAGCACCCCUGCUUGCCUGCUCCAGGUUGUGGGUCCCGAAACUCCUGGUGAUCUCAAGGGCCUUUGCAAGACAAACGGCGAUGAGAUUCAGUCAUCUAUCAGGGACGUGUGCGGAGACGAUGCCAAGGAAGCUCUAAACUACUACUCCGAUGUUUGCGAGGAGGCUGGCUACGAAGUUGAGAUCGCCACGUCCACCUCUUCUUCCUCCUCCCACUCUAGCACCUCGUCCUCGGAUUCCGACUCAACCUCCACUGCCGGCGCAUCGUCCACCAGCUCUGCUAGCUCGACCUCCGACUCUGACUCUGACUCCGAGUCUGCUUCUGCCACCGAGAGCGGCGACAGCCCUAGCGAAACUAACGGUGCCUCUACUGACAAGCAAGUCUCUGCCGCUGCAUUUGCUGCCGUUGUUUUCCUUGGGUUCGCGGCUACGCUCUAA